AUGCCAAAGAGCCAGCAGCGACUUCUCAACUACGCAACAUCCAUCGCCAAGUGCCCAACUGAAACCACCGCCUACGGAUCGUGUGUGUCUGCGCAAGCCGAACGAAUCAAGCAAGGCGAUUGUAACGCCGAAUUCAAGAAGCUAAUCGAUUGUGUGACGAAGAAUUUGAAGAAAAACCUAAAACGCGCGAAUCGUCUGCUGACAUUCUUCAAAUACAACUACAAAUUCGUGGCGCCCUAUCGAGUUCUCGUCGACGGAACCUUCUGCAGUGCGGCUCUCCAGGAGAAGCUAAACCUCGCCGAACAAAUUCCAAAGUAUCUAACGGAGGAAACUCAUCUGAUGACAACGAAAUGUGUGCUCCACGAGCUCGAGAAAUUCGGACCACUUCUCUACGGUGCUCUCGUCAUUGCAAAACAAUUCGAAAUCGCUGAAUGCACUCAUUCGACGCCCAAACCUGCUUCGGACUGUCUCGCCCAUCUGGCUAGACGUGCUGCAAGUGGAAAAACAAAGUUUUUGAUUGCGACGCAGGAUGAUGAGCUCACAGAGAAGUUGAGGAAGAUUGUGGGAACGCCCAUCAUGUAUAUCAAGUUCAAGACGGUCCUUUUGGAUAAUAUAUCCGAAGCGACGAAAGCCGGAUGUUCGAAAGACGAAGCGGAGAUGAAAAAGCUGAAAGAGCUGAAAAAGGAAAUUCUGUCGUCAUCGACAGUACCACAACUGAAAAAGAAGAAAAAGAAGAAGGGAGGAGUGAACCCCCUGUCGUGCAAGAAGAAGGUUAUGAAGGCGUCCCUGGAGACAGUGAGAACUGGGGAGAGGACGGCGACUGGAAAAAGAAAAAGGACGAAGAAGAAGGUGGAUGGAGGAGGAGAAGAAUAG